AUGGACUCAUUCUUGAACCUGCCCUCGUCCCCGGAUCCGCUGGCCGACGAUGUCCCAAGUUCGGCGCGCCCAGUCACACGGCGCUUGGGCAAGACGCUGCCACAACAUGAUCUCUUGUCGCUGCCGAUACCACAGAGCACCCCGCGAAGGAGCUCGCCGAUGAGAAAGUCUCCGCGGAAGCAGACCUUCGAGCUCGACGUGGGCAAGCCCAACUCACCGCAAAAGAUCCUCGUAACCGUCGAGGCCGAGGAUGCCUUGCGCCAAGGCAUCGUUGGUCGCAGACUCUUCCCGUCUCCCUCGCCGUCUCGAGGCACUCGCCGCCGACGGACUACCACGACAACUACCGUACCCCUGAAUGACGAUGCGACCAUGCUCGAGAACGACGAUGCGACACCGCGAAAGCGUGGCCGGCCGAGGCGGACUAGCAACGGCACGCCGAUGCCACGAGGUCGCAAAAGAUCGGGAACACCUCUACAGAGUGCCUCUAAACAGACGCGACGGAAGGGCGGGCCGGCAUCCGAGGCUAGCAUGCUCAGUGAUGCGCCGACGGAUACUGGUGCAGAUGGCGGUGAAGAGACGCCACAGGUGAAGAAGAAGGUUCGCAAGACGCCGAAGAAAGCUGCUGCGACACCGGCCGUCCCAUCAUCGCAAGUCUCAAGCAAGCCGACUGGGAGGAAGCGUGGGCGACCGCGGAAGGCACCUCUGCCUGAAGAGGUUGCCGUCAUCGCCGAGGACCGGGAAGAGGGGAACGAUGCGGUACCACAUUCAAACACAACUGAGCAGGAGCAACUUAAUGGUGCUGAGCUUGCUUCAGAAGCAAUGUUAGAGGAACAGAGAGGGGAGGUCGCACACGACGAGGCAUAUCCCGACCACAAUGCCCCGCUGGACGACUUCCCACCGAGAGAAAGCAGCGGCACAUCGACACCGACAUACCUAGACCAGCAUGGGGAAGCAGGUAGCAUACAGAGAGCAUCUGGCUCGCCUGCUUCGGCGCAUCAAGCAUAUUAUGCAGGAGAGGACGAUGUUGCCAUGAGCGAAGACUAUCCAGCGAUGGAAGCCCAUAGCGAUAUCGAGUCUAUCUCGGAAGAUCUCGAGGGUGUGAAGCCUGGUGGACAAGAUACCCUCGCGCACGACUCCGACUUUAGCAUGAUAGGAUUGGAUUCCCUCCCCUCGUUCCAAGCGUCCUUCCAAGCGAAUCUCAGCCGUGUUCCGUCGAGCCCACAAGCGGAGAUGGGCGAAGAAACGAACCUCAUAAUCAACCAAACCCUGGAGUCAUUGCGACGCAGCACGCAGACCGAUGCCGAGCGCGAAUCGCCAGACCCUCUGACAAGCGACGAUCUGCCAGCAAAUCAGAAUCGGUCCGAAUUGCAAGACCUUUCUUCUGGAGUGAUUGGCGGUAGUAGCACACGAGCCUUGUCAAGGAGUCCGAGGAGACCAAAGUCGCUACCACUCAGCCGGCAGUUGUUUGCGGCCAAAGUACCACAUCUGGAUGACUCCUUUUCAAGCCUCCCAGACAGCGUACUUCAAGCAGCCACUCCUGGACGGUUGCCUAUGAAAUCGACGCCCGCUGCUGAUAACAAUGCAGACGACAGCAUGUACGAUGACUCAUUCUCGGAAAUCCCCGAAGAUAUCCUCGAGGCCGCCACCCCGGCACCAGCAGCACGCCCCACGAUGCCGAUGGACGAGAUGACUAGCCCGGCGCCUCCGCAAGGGUCAGGCUCGGCCAACCGAAAUCUCGGAUCAAGUAGGCUUCCAACUCCAGAUGACACGUCGUCCUCGACUGCUGGUUCUAAGAGAGCUCACGAAGACGGCCUCGUAACAGACAACGAAUAUCAAGCCGUCGCUCACUCCAACUUCCACCCAGAUAUGCCAUCAUCUCCACCAGCCAUUUCUCGACCCCAUGCUAUGGACUUCGGUUCCUCUGAGUUACAUAGAGAACUGGGUGUCACGCCCGACAGGCAGUCUUCACCCCCUCAAAUGCCUCCUUCUGCGAGGGGGCCAUCUGAACGAGCCGAAUCCCUGGAGCCUCCAGCUCCUGGCAGACGGCCGACACUUUCGCCAAUCGUCCGCGUCGGUCGUACUCUUCAAAACGUGAUGUCGGACAGAUCUUCUCCGGAUGGUCGCGAAAGCAGCCUCGGAAGCCCAUUCAGGGGGUCUAUCAGCACUGAACAGCCACAGCAACCGCCUCCGGAUCAGUCUCGGCAGUCAUCCAUGGCAAGGUCACCCGCGCCGGCAGAUCGCAAUCAUGGGAACCUAUACAAAUCGCGCCCAUCUAGUGAUACCAAUGCCUCGUUCAAUCAGACCUUAAGAUCUUUGAGGGCCAGUUUCAGCAAUAGCCAAGGGGCACCAUCACGCGACAUCAUCGGUCAGGCUGAGGAUCCUUUCAGCCCAGCACCGCCAAGCGGGGACGGUAUGAGCUGGGCUGCAGAAGGGAAUAACCCUGAGCAAUCAACUAAGCGGAAAUUCGACGACCAGUCUUUGCAUUCCCGAAGCUCGAGCAUAUUUGCGACUCGCGGCUCAAAUGCGAACCAAGCAAUGGCUACACAAGCGCAGGAGACUGCAGGAGGAGACGAGUUGCCCGACGAUAAAUUCGAUGAUUUAGCGGACUACGGAGACGAAGAGGAGAAUGGCGACCUGCAAGGUGAAGGAGAAGACGAUGAUGAUCUUUGGGAUAUCGAAGCAUCGCGCCCAUCACCAAGAAAACCUGAGCUACGUCAAGUCGCGCCGCAGCCUGAGCCAGAUGUUCCAGCACCACGACGGAACAAAAUCCCAAGUCCUUGGAGGAGGAGUGGACGACGACUCAUUUACCAAGACGAGAUCACGAGCCCUACUCAAAUAGAGAUUGAGGAAGCGAGCUUGCAAAGCGAGUCUGAAGACAACUCGCUGGUCCCGCCGGUACAGAGGCCGUCUGCCCCUCCACCUCAGGCGCAAGAGGAGCAUCCAGAAGUCGAAGACAAUAAUCAGGAGCCAUCGGCUGCUGCGGAACAACAUGAUCCAUCUUCCCUAGGUGAAAUCCACGAAGAGCCAGGGGAGCCAUCUGACGCAGAAGAGCUAGAUGCAUCUCCAGGUUCCCCAGAGGCAGAAGAGGCCGAAGAACCAGAAAAACCAGAAGAGCCAGAAGAGCCAGAAGAACCAGGAGUCGGUGCCGAUGGUUCUGACUACUCGAUUUUGGUGCCACCAAAUGAGCCGGUUUCUCAAAGGACGGCCCUGGACAAGGCCUCGGAGCCUGCGGAUGCUUCUGAGUACUCAAUGUUGUCUCGGAAGGCGAAGGAGGCUCCCCCAACCCAAGAGAAGGCAGCUCCGGCCAAGUCUCGAUUCUUCGGAGGCUUCGAUAUCUUGUCCUUCUUCUCGUCGCCCGCCACAUUGCCACAGAAGAAGCCAGAACCAGCGGAGACGAGUAGUAAGGCGCCAACAAUUGCGCAGCCAGUGUUCCAAAGAAGUGUGCCAGAAGACCCUCCAGCUUCUCUCUGGUCAACCGGGCUAUUUCCCUCUAUUCCUCAGAAGGAAUUCCGACCCAGCCCAGAGCGCAGGAUCGACUUGUUUUCUCCAGCCCCAGCUUUGCGGUCGAACGAUACUGUGGCAGAUACAUACGAGCCUUCCACGUCAGCCGCGCCCUCGCCAUCGGUUGCACCUUCAACCCCUGAGCGACAGGUUUCCCCCCCGAUCCAUCAAAAGCGGGAUUUUACGCCCAGACCAGGGCAGUCAAGAUCAUCUCUGUUCGCACCAAGUCGAGCUGGUCCCUCGUUCACCCAGAGCGAGGACGACGACGGUCUUCUCCAAGUACCAAGCGAUGAACACGAGUCAUCUCUGACGACUGAGGGGUCGGAAUACGAGCGUCUGCCACCACGCGAGAAACCUUCGCAAUGGGAUAGGCACCUCUCCCCCUCGAAAUCCUGCUUCCGCUCGCCCGUGAAACCAAAAACGCCUGGACGCGUUGUAGCUUUCACCGGCAACGCACUUUCUCCUUUUGUCCAGAUGCAAACUCGGAAUAACAAACCGACCAGCACUGAGGACGAUGUUGCUACACAAGGGCCUCUAUUUCGAUCCAUUCGUGAGGGUAAGGAGAAUCAGCGAACCUCAUCCCACAACAACCGCCAGAACAUCAACGCCAACAUCAAUACAGCAGGUAAACAACCAGCAGCGACUGCGUUGCCCGUGGCGUCCGAACGAGCCUCAGCCUCUGCCUCCGCCUCCGCCUCUGCAACCGCCCUUUCGCAGACGACCUGGUCCAAGCAGCACUGGAUCCGGCUCGACGAGAUACUGCAGCUGCGCCGGCGCGACCCGCUGCGAUUCCAGCAGCAGUUCCCCCUGCCGCGCAGGGACCAGCGUCGCCCGUCCCCGAUCCUCGGCAAGGUGGUCGCGGCACAGGGCGCCAGUAUCGUCAUCGAGGCCUGGCACCUCGAGGUCGUCGACGCGUUCCGGCUCGAGGUCGGCGGCUGGGACGAGCGCGCGCUCGCGAAGCGGCUGUUCGCGCUCGUGGUGGGUGAGGAGAGGCGGCGGCAGGGGCUGGUCGUCAGCGGAGACGGCGAGAGGGCUGGGGCUUGA